GCGGGGACCUAAAACUCCCCGGAGCCGCAGUCGCCGCGCGGGGCGGCCUGGGAAAGUCACCAGUCAGCAGCGCAGUGGCGGGAACCGCAGCCCGGCGGCCCUGGAACCUCCCAGGGCUCAUUGAUCACCCAGACUUGCUCACCUGUGGAACAGAACAAAGUGGCCUGGAAGGAGAGAGGAGACAGUAGCUAAGGGUCCAGAGCAGCAAGCCAUCUAUUCAUUGUUCCUGAAAGAAAAACUCAAAGAAGAGAAACAGAAAGAAAUGGCUGAUUCUCCAGUAAGCAUGUCCCAGGGUCUGUUGACAUUCAGGGAUGUGACUGUGGACUUCCCCCAGGAGGAGUGGGAAUGCCUGGACUCUGCUCAGAGGGCUUUGUACAUUGACGUGAUGUUGGAGAAUUACAGCAACCUGGUCUCUGUGGAGAACUAUUGCAAAUGUGAUCCUGUCCAUCAACAUGUGAAGACUGAAAAGGAGUCUUGUCAGUGUAAUGAACUUGGCAAAAUGGUUCAUCAGUCCUCCAAAUGUGCACUUUAUAGAACAAGUGAAACUACAGAAAACUCUAAUAACUACACAUGCAGUAAUCACAGGGAUGCCUGUUUUGACUCAUCAAACCCAGACAGAUAUGAAAGCAUGCACACUGGAGAAGAACCUUGCAAAUCUAAAGACUGGGAGAAAUCCUUAUAUUUCUGUUCCAACAUUACUCAAGAUCAGAGACUCUACACUGCAAAGAAAGAGCACAGGCAGGGAGAAUAUGAUGACUAUUUUGCCUCUGCAUAUAGUCUUUUGCAACAACCAAUUUACAUUGGAGAGAAACCAUACCAGUGUGGUAAAUGCAGGAAAUGUUUCAGUACCACCUCACGCCUAAUUGUACAUCAGAGAAUUCAUACUGGAAAGAAACCCUACAAGUGCAGCCUCUGUGGCAAAUCCUAUAACCAGUGUGCAAAUCUUAGAAUACAUCAAAGACUUCAUACUGGGGAGAAACCUUACAAAUGCAAAGAUUGUGGAAAGUCAUUUCGACAGUCCUCAGCUCUUAAAAGCCAUCAGAAAAUCCAUACUGGAGAGAAGCCUUACAAAUGUAAAGAAUGUAACAAAUCCUUUGCCCACCAUUCCAGUUUCAGGACACAUCAGAAAAUCCAUACUGCUGAGGAACAUUGUAGUUGCCAAGAAUGUGGCAAGGUCUUUCAUCAGCUUUCACACUUUAGAAGACAUUAUAGACUCCAUAGUGGAGAGAAACCUUACAAAUGCAAUGAGUGUGACAGAUCCUUUACGCACUACUCAUCACUUAGAUGGCAUCAGAAAACUCAUUCUCUAGAAAUUUUUUACAAAUGCAAAGAAUGUGGUAAGUCCUUCCUUGAAUUAUCACAUCUUAAAAGGCAUUACAGGAUCCACACUGGUGAGAAACCUUACAAAUGUGAGGUCUGUGACAAAUCCUUUACUGUGAACUCAACUCUUAAAACACAUCAAAAAAUUCAUACUGGGGAGAAACCUUACAAAUGUGUGAAAUGUGACAAAUCUUUUACCAAGUGCUCACAUCUUAGAAGACAUCAGAGUGUUCAUACUGGAGAGAGACCUUACAAAUGUAAGGAAUGUGAUAAGUCUUUUCCUGAGUGCUCAACUCUUAGAGAACAUCAGAAAAUUCAUACUGGAGAGAAACCUUAUAAAUGUGGAGUAUGUGACAAAUCCUUCAUCCAGCAAUCAAAUCUUAGAACACAUCAUAGAGUUCAUACUGGAGAGAGACCUUACAUAUGUAAGGAAUGUGGCAAAUCUUUAACUACGAGCUCAACACUUAGAGCACAUCAGAAAAUUCAUACUGGAGAGAAACUUUACAAAUGUAGGGAAUGUGACAAAUCCUUUACCCAUAACUCACAUCUGAGAAGACAUCAGAGAAUUCAUACUGGAGAGAGACCUUACAGUUGUAAGGAAUGUGACAAAUCUUUUACUACAUGCACAUAUCUUAGAGCACAUCAGAAAAUUCAUACUGGAGAAAAACUCUACAAAUGCAAAGACUGUGAUAUGUCCUUUCUCCGGAUUUCUAGUCUUAAAAUACAUCAGAAAAUUCAUACUGGAGAGAAACCUUACAAAUGCAAAGAUUGUGACAAAUCCUUUAAUCAGGUUUCAAAUCUUAGAAGACAUCAGAAACUUCAUACUGGAGAGAGACCUUACAAAUGUCUGCAGUGUGACAAAUCCUUUACCCACAAGUCAAAUCUUAGAACACAUCAGAGGGUUCACACUGGAGAGAGACCUUACAGUUGUAAGGAAUGUGACAAAUCUUUUACAAGGUGCUCCUAUCUCAGAGCACAUCAGAAAAUUCAUACUGGAGAGAAACUUCACAAAUGCAAAGACUGUGACAUGUCCUAUAUCCACCUUUCAAAUCUUAGAAGACAUCAGAGAGUUCACACUGGAGAGAAAAAUAACAUUGUAAAUAAUAUGACAUAGCAUUUUUUUUUGGUAUUCUCUGCUUAUAAAUCCCAACAGUAUACAUAAUGGAAGCAUAAAGAAACUUGUGAAAGCCCUUAAUGAAGUUUUAAAUCUCAGAAAAUAUCACAGAAUUUAUAUUAAAUAAAAAUCUGCAAUAGUAGCUAUGUGAA